UGGCACUCAACAAGAUAGGACGGUAGGAUUACUUGUUGGGAUGGAUCGUCUCCUUUUUUUGGUCCUUGGGGAUGACGCGUUCUCAGAUUACAUACAACUCCAAGUUCCAAUCAAUUUCUUAAAGAAAAGAAAAAGGAGGAAGAAGUGUUCAAACCGAAGCAAAACGGGAAGGAAAACCAACCAAAUCCAAGAAGCUGCUUCUAUGGCGACGGCGGCGGAUGGCGUGGCGGUAGCGAGGCAAGCGGAGCUCCGGCGGAUCGAGGGCAACUCCUGCUUCAACAAGGCCCGCCUCGGCGCCGCCAUCGACUGCUACACCGAGGCUAUCGCUCUUUGCCCCGACGUCGCCGUCUACUGGCUCAACCGGGGCCUCUGCCAUUUCAAGCGCAAGGAAUGGGCUAAGGUCGAAGAGGAUAGCAGGAGAGCUCUUGCCCUUGAUGACACUCUGGUCAAGGGUCACUAUUUGCUGGGAUGUGCCAUGCUUGAGAAGGAACAAUGUGCUCUUGCUAUCAAGGAAUUCAACAAGGUUUGUUAUUAUACUUCUAUGGCCCUUGCUUUGGAUCUUCUUAAGUCUUCGAAUUUGGGGGACAAAAUGGCGGAGGACAUUUGGCAGGUUCUUGCGAAGGCAAAAUACCAAGAUUGGGAAAUACACUCCACUAAGAGAGUUUGGAAGAUGCAAAGUUUAAAGGAAGCAUGUGAAAAUGCUUUGCAGGAGCACCACUUUCUUAGUGGCACACUUGUGGGAGAUGGCUCAACCAAUGAGUAUACAGACCAACUGAAAUUGUUAUCAGAAGUCUUCACCAAAGCUACAAUCGACGAUACACCAACAGAUGUGCCUGACUACCUUUGCUGCCAAAUAACCUUUGAGAUUUUUAGAGAUCCAGUGAUCACACCCAGUGGUAUAACGUAUGAGAGGUCCAUAAUCCUUGAACAUCUUUGCAAGGUGGGCAAUUUCGACCCGGUGACACGAGAGCCUCUGAAAGAGCAUCAAUUGGUUCCUAACCUGGCUAUAAAGGAAGCAGUCCAAGCCUACCUCAAGAAUCACAGUUGGGCCUACAAGUUGAACUGAUGAUGUUGCUCUGUAGUUGCUUAGUGCUAACAACAGGUGUUGAUAAAAUGUUGGGUUGUCAAGGGGGAAUUCUUUGCUUUUCUGAUGUAAUGUAUAAGCAAGUUCAUUCGUGCCCUCAUGGAAUUGAUUGAUUCUUGGGCAACUUCUGACGAACCUUGGACAAUUGUACAUAAAACAUCAUAGCAGAACCUUGGACGGUUUCAGACAUACCGUGCCAAAAUGACAAUUCUCAGUGACAAAUUAUUCUUUUGUUCGGUAA